GCAUAUCGUGUGCAUGCGUUAGGGGGGCCUGCCCUUAUAUAUGCGCGUUUGAAAUAAAUACAGAAUCGAGGAAGUAGAAAAGUCGAGAUAGCGGUGCGUUGUUGGGGGUGUCUCUGGGUAAAUAAAAUUGGGAGGACAACCAACCCUUUUAUUUUUGAAGACGCGCAUCACUAGCAGCAGCAGCAGCAGCAGCAGCCGCACAAACGCGGACUUCCUCCUGUCAGAAGGACAAGGAUAAGUGUCGCUCUGCGCAAGCGCAAUUCGAAGGAGGUUCUACAUAAAAACCUUUGCCAACCAACUACGCGGGAGGUAGGAGGGAAGGAGUUUCGCUGAAGCGGAAGGGGAAUCACUUGAGAAGCAAAGCACGAUACAACACGCGAUUGUUUGUCUAUCAGUCAAUUUGAUCGUAUAUAUGCAGUCUCAGCUCGCAUCUCGUACGUAGAUCAAUCAAUGAAGUGAUUGAUGACGGACGCGGUCGGCAGCAAACGUGCCACGUGGCGGGCAACCAGAUCUGCUACGUGGAUGCAAAGUGUCCUGUUCAUCUCUCCGAAUCCUACCAAGCCGAAGAGGUCGGGGGAGAUAGAGACGGAGGGAACAGAAGCUGCUGAACAAGCAAUAGAAGGCGGGUGGAGAAGAAGCUGAGAAGGGAAAGGGAGGGAGCAGUGGAAGGGAAAGGGAGGAGAGGUGGGAGAAAGAGAGCAGAAGAGUUGAGAGAAUAGAAGAAGCAGAGAAGCGAGGGAGGCAAUUGGGGGGGGGGGUGUAUGCCUCUGGGGUAAAAGGCUAUGUUGCAUAUAUGAAUCGGGGGCUGGGGUGGAAUUGUCCGAAGGAUUCUUCCCUGAGAAGGGAGGAGUGCGCUUGGACACCAAGCAGAAGGUAGAGGUUAAAGGGUAGGCUGGAGGAGGGAGGAGGGAGGUGGACGCUCUUCUCUUGCGGCGGCGGGCGAUAUGGCGGAUCAGCUCGUCGCGCCUGACCGCAAGUUCUCCGCACCAGCAGAUCAAAAAGUGGAGCAGAAGCUUGGUUCGUCGGCCGCGGAGCUCGGCUUGGAAAGCCAGCCGGUCGAUUUGGGCAAGCAUCCCUCAGGAAUCGUGCCCACCCUCCAAAAUAUUGUUUCGACCGUCAAUAUGGCGUGCAGGCUCGACCUCAAGACCAUCGCGCUACACGCAAGGAAUGCAGAAUACAAUCCUAAGCGUUUUGCUGCUGUGAUCAUGAGAAUUAGAGAACCGAAGACGACAGCCCUCAUUUUUGCCUCUGGGAAAAUGGUCUGUACAGGUGCGAAAAGUGAGCAGUCAUCCAGGCUUGCAGCAAGGAAGUACGCAAGAAUCAUUCAGAAACUCGGCUUUCCUGCUCAGUUCAAGGAUUUCAAAAUUCAGAACAUCGUUGGUUCUUGUGAUGUAAGGUUUCCGAUUAAGCUGGAAGGCCUUGCUUAUGCACAUGGUCACUUUUCGAGUUAUGAACCAGAGUUGUUCCCAGGUCUCAUAUACCGAAUGAAGCAACCCAAGAUCGUGCUGCUCAUCUUCGUAUCUGGGAAGAUUGUUUUGACAGGAGCCAAGGUCCGCGAUGAGAUCUAUGAAGCAUUUGAGAAUAUUUACCCUGUGCUAACAGAGUUUAGGAAGGUAUCCCAAUGACACCAGCUUCAGAACAGUAACUUCAUUCCCUGGGCCGUGCCUCGAGUGUUCAUAAUAGUUGCCAAGAGCUGGGUGGAUUGUGGACAGGAGCCGGAUUGAGUUGAUUGGCUUACCCUGUUCCGUUUGGCAGUGAGGGUUUACGUGCAGCUGAUGGUUGCAAGGAGUGGAAGGUUGGGAGAAGGAGGUGGUAUAUGGACACUUCGUGCAGUUUGCGGAAGAAAGGCAGGCCUGGUCUUUUUCUUUCCUUUUCUGUUCUUUUUUCAGACCACCCCACCCGGCCUUCUUCCCUGUCCCUUUCCUUAGUAUUUGUUAGGCUGUGGAUGUAGUAUACGUAGUGUUAAGGUGGUUGCAGAUUUUAGGAGAUCAGGCGGUAAUUUUUUUUUCCCCUUGCGUCCAGCAGGAGUGCCUGGCGUGCUGUCAUAGCUGAGAUAUGGCUACAAGGUCUUGCUCAGCAUGCUACUAAUGUGUGAGGUCAUCCUCUUGUAAUUUGCAAGGUCUUUGAUCUUGAAAAUGCAGUCGAAGGGUUUAGUAGACGUUAGCUAGCUCGGCGAGGAACCGAAAAGCGUUCCCCAUGUGACAACACAGAAUUGGUUGCCGCCGGGGCAAUUCGCUUGGGGGGGGGGGAGAGAGAGAGAGAGAGAGAGAGAGAGAGAGAGAGAGAGAGAGAGUGCUGAAAUGCAAACAGUUGCCAGAUGAGAGCGAGCGAGAGAGAGAGAGAGAGAGAGAGAGGACUCUGGUGCCAAGAAGCAAAAUGCAAACAGGAGGGAGGGAGAGAGAGAGAGAGAGAGAGAGAGAGAGAGAGAGGAGGCUCUGCUACAGAGUUGCAAAUUGCAAACAGUUGCCAGAUUUGGGUCUGAGCACGCCGAAGUUUGUUCUUUCUGGUGGGAGAGAAGCAAAUUUGGGGAGGGGAGGUAUUUGAUUGAGGAAAUGUGGUUUUGGCUUCACUUGAGGUAUAAGAACACAAUUAUCACAGAAUUGGUUUCUGCCGCCCGAGGCAGUUCGGUUCGCUUGGAAGGACUCUGCUACGUACGGAGUGGCAAUUGCAGACAUCGGCCACAAAAAGAAUGCAGCUGUUGCGGUGUGGCAUGAAAACUGGUUGCUGCUGCCCCCGCUGCAAAGCUCACUCGACAACGGUGGACUUCUCCAUAGGGAGAGUGGCAAUCGCAAACCUUGGCCAGAUUUGGGUCUGAGCGUGUUGAAACUUUUGUCCUGGUGUACUCGGAGAAAAGUCAAGUGGGCGAGAUUCAAGUGUUGUGCCGUGGGCGUGACUCAAGUCGGCGGCGACGGUACUUUGCAGCUCACAAUGUAGUGGAGAAGGAUGGAAGAUAGAGAGAGUAUAUGGCGGGCUGGGGGCGGGCGGGGGGAAGAGGAGUGUGUGGCCUUGUUGCAGUCGGCAACAUGCCUAUUGUGUGCGAGUCCUGAAUGAGGGAGGGCCUCUCCUGGACAGUGAGUGUGUUGUGCGAUGGGCGGUGUUUUCUUUGGCUACGCCCGUUUUUCAUCAUAAUCAAUUGUUGUUGUAAGUGCUGGAAUCGAUCCAUCGAUCGCCACAAUCUCUUCUUUUCCGCCGUCAUGAAUUGGUGCUAUUCCGCUUGGGCAUGAAUUAUUGCUCCUCUACGUGGGUCGUGUGGUGCAUGUGGACCUGUGCUUCUCGGAGCACGUGCUUGCCGAUGUCUGCAAUUUCGUUUUUUUCCGACAAUUCUUUUCUUUUCUUUUUUUGUUGAAAAGGUCCUUAAGGUCCUGGCUCCAUGGGCAAUCUUUUUGAAUUUUUAUUUGGGGCCAAACACAAUCACCGAUCAGAUCAGGCACUUCAGAAAACAAAAACUUUAGGGAUAG